AUGGCAUCCGGCCAAGCUCCUGGGUCUUCUGCUCCCUCGUCAAACAUCAACUCCCCCAAUCUACCUCCCAAUGGCGGACCAUUGCUCAACGCGCAAUUCUCGGACUUAAACCCAAGAUCAUCUCCAGCCCCCGGCAGUGUCGCAUCUGUCCAAGGUGACGGCCGAGCAAAGCGCAACAAACGGGACAGUCGCAAGAAACGUGAAGCCAAGGGCCUGGACACUGAGAAUGCUCCUCCUACCAAGAAACGCGCCACGGCUGCACAAAGCACUGCCCUCCCCAGUUCAAAACUGCGUAUCCUCCGACCUUUGCUUCUCGCCGAGCCAAAUGCCACAGACAGGUACCCGCCACAGCCUCGCCAGCUCAACCACGUGAGCAAGAAGACCUCCGACGUACUGGGCCAGAGCUGGGAUUUCUACGAAGUCGUGGACAAACUCACCAACAAGAAUGGUUUCCGCUACAGCUACGCCAUUGCCGACCCUGGCUUCCCCCACAUCAAAUAUCGACAGACAGAUGUCCGCCCAUACCAUGCCCGCUUCAGUUUCGAGGAUUCACCAGCCGCCAUCUCAUUCUCCGAGACCGCUACUGCGGUAACCACCAGUGAUGCAUGGCAUACAGCUCGCGCGAAUGUGUGUGCCCGAGAAGGUACAUACUACUACGAAGCCCGGGUAAUUAGCGGGAUAGUCAACGACCCCCAAAACCCACCUCAAAACGGCAGAUCAACAACCUCACCGCGCGGCCACGUCCGCAUCGGAUUCGCACGCCGCGAAGCCGACCUAGACGUCAACGUCGGAGUCGACUGCUACGGCUACGGCAUCCGCGACGUAAACGGCGAAGUAGUCAACCGCAUGCGCUGCGAAUUCUUCUUCCCAAAAGGCGAAGCCAUCAACGAAGGCGACGUAAUCGGCAUGCUAAUCACGCUACCACCUCUAUCCCUACACAAGAAAAUAGUCGAAGGAACAUACGACCCAGCGACGGACAACCAACGCUCACACCCACCCACAGCAACGAACAUCAUCCGCGACCGAAUCCCCUUCCACUACAAAUCCGACUUCUGCUGGCAACAAUCAAACGUCUUCUCGACAAAACACCUCCGCGACUAUGCCUUCAACCUAAAAGAAACACCCACCUUCGGCCGUCCAUCCCCCACAAACGCCGAAGACCCAACCCUCCGCACGCUCCCAGGAUCCAGCAUCACAAUCUUCAAAAACGGCAAGGAAAUGGGGACCCCCUUCAAAGAACUCUACGCCUUCCUCCCACCAGCUAGCCGCCUCGCAAAUGGCACAAACAACCUCGGCAUCGGCGAGCGCGAGAACGCCGACGAUGGCAUGAUAGGCUACUACCCGGCCGUGAGCUGCUACGGCGGCGGCGCAGUGGAAUGUCGAUUCGAGGGGCCGUGGUGGGUAGGUCCACCAUCAACCACAGAAUCCGGAGCCCCCGUCCGGCCCAUGGGCGAACGCUUCAAUGAUCAAAUCGUCGAAGACGUCCUGGCUGAUAUCGUCGACGAGGUCGAAGCUAUGUUUACCUGGGGUGGGAUUGAUGGCGAUGUUAUUGGGAAUAAUAAUCCCGCUGGAGAUGGGGGCUUGAAGAAGGCUCGGCUUCUGGAGCUGUGGGUGGGUGGUGUUGGUGCUGCCAUUGAUUCUGUUUCUGCUAAUACCCCUGGUACAGCUGGUGCGUCGGACUCCGCGGCUAAUAGUAACCGCGAGACGCCGAUUGCUGCGGAUGGUGUUGGUGGUGUUGGUGAGGAUGGCGUUAGUGUUGGGACGGCUGGGACGCCUUUGGCGGUGGAGAUUACGGGCGAUGGGGACGGGGAUGGGGAUGUUGAUAUGACUUGA